AGUGUGUUACGAAAAGAGUGGGGCAACGAACGAGACAAAGGAGGUUGCGGCUGCGUUGAAUGUCUUGUCCUUCCCAGAGCUGAGUAGUAUUGCUGGCUGGCUAGUAUAGAUAGACUAGCUACCUUUUUCUUGUUUGGCAGAAUUGGUGCUAAGAACAUACGUUUGGGUGGAAAAAACAUUCAGGAUUUUAGCGGAGCGAAAUAGCUUUUCCAACGCAAAAGGGUCGUGGAGAGAACGCUAUAUACAUUUGGGCUUUGAGAAAAUCGGGCGGAUCUUUAGGUUAUAUUGCAUUUUCUUUUUUUGUGUCGGAGAUAAACAGAACAAAGGGAGUCUUGAGCAGGGAAUGAGCGAGCCGAGACGAGCCUCCACACCACCGCCUCAGAGACCAGGCCCGAUGCGUUUCUGAAACCAAAAAUAAACACUAUCCAGUUUCUCUCGGAAUCUUUUGUUAAACAAUCAGAGGACGAAAAAUUAAGCUUGCGGACAUCCAAAAAUGUUCCCACAGAAUCGACCACCGGCGCCUCUCCAGCCGCCUCCUGGGUCCUCGGCCUCAGCUGCGGCAGCAGCCGCAGCAGCGGCUGCGUCGGGCACGCCCCAGUCCCUGAAGCUCACCUACCCUGAGACCCUGGACCGCAUCAAGGAAGAGUUCCAGUUCCUGCAGACUCAGUAUCACAGCUUGAAGCUGGAGUGUGAGAAACUGGCCACGGAGAAGACGGAAAUCCAGAGACACUAUGUGAUGUACUAUGAGAUGUCAUACGGCCUUAACAUUGAAAUGCACAAACAGACCGAGAUCGCCAAGCGGCUGAAUGUGAUCUGUGCCCAGCUCAUCCCUUUCCUGUCACAGGAGCACCAGCAGCAGGUGGUCCAGGCAAUGGAGCGUGCCAAGCAGGUGACUAUGGGGGAGUUGAAUGCAUCGAUAGGGGUACGUGGACUCCCCCCUCUGCCUCCCACACAACAGCUGCAAGCCCAGCACCUAUCCCAGCAUGCAGCGCAGGGGCUGCCCAUGGGCCCACACCCCUCUGGACUGCAGCACCCUGGGCUGGCUUUAGGCGGGGGCUCGGGGUUACUGGCCCUCUCUGGAGCGCUGGGGGCCCAGCUGGCGGCUAAGGAUGAGAGGGCUCAUCUGGAGGCCGCAGCCGCCGCGGCUGCCGCUGCCGAGCACCACAGAGACCGCGAGGCGGGGCCGAGCUCGAUGUCUAACGGGGAUAAAGGUCGUCCGUCAGAUUACCUCAGUAAUGGGAAGAAGAGGAAAGCAGAUGAGAAGGAGUUCAUGACAGACUAUGGCAGUGAUGCUGACAAGAGUGAUGACAACUUGGUUGUGGAUGAGGACCCCUCCUCCCCCCGCAGUGUGCAGUCUUACUCCUCCAGAGAGAAUGGGCUGGACAAGAUCCCCGCCUCCCGCAAGGAGGCUCCGCCCCAGGCCAGCCCCACCUCCCUGGCCUCCUCCAGCAGCGCGGCCUCUCCAUCCCGCAACAAAGAGCCUCCUCAGAGUGAGAAGUCCAGCACACCCGUUCUGAAGCCAGGGACCCCCAUGCCCCCGGAGUCAUCCACACCAGGACCCAGCGCACCCCCCCAGUUCCGGCCGGUCCCGGGAAAGGCUGGCGUUGACCCCCUCGCUCUGGGCCUCAGAAACCCUCUGGCAGUGCAGGGUGCUUACCCACCUGGAUUUGGGCUGCCCCCUCCCGGAGUGAAUGGGGAGUUGGGCGGGGCAGCAGGGUAUGGUGCAGGUUUGCACCUCGUCUCCCCGCAGAUCAACGGGGCGGCAGCGGCCGCCGCAGCAGCCGGCUACGGGAGAUCCCCUGUGGUCGGGUAUGAGUCUCCCCACCCCCACAUGCGGGUCCCGGGACUUCCUGCAGCCUUGCAGUCUGCAGCAUCAGGAAAACCGGCCUACUCCUUUCAUGUGAGUGCAGACGGGCAGAUGCAGCCAGUGCCCUUCCCUCCCGAUGCCCUGCUGGGCCCGGGCAUCCCGCGCCACGCCCGGCAGAUCCACACUCUGAGCCACGGAGAAGUGGUGUGCGCCGUCACCAUCAGCACCUCCACGCGCCACGUCUAUACCGGCGGCAAGGGCUGUGUCAAGGUGUGGGACAUCAGCCAGCCUGGCAGCAAGAGCCCCAUGGCCCAGCUGGACUGCCUGAACAGAGAUAACUACAUCCGUUCAUGUAAGCUCCUCCCUGAUGGACGUACCCUGAUAGUCGGAGGAGAAGCCAGCACUCUGUCCAUAUGGGACCUGGCCACGCCCACUCCACGCAUCAAAGCAGAGCUGACAUCCUCUGCUCCCGCCUGCUACGCCCUCGCCAUCAGCCCAGACAACAAGGUCUGCUUCUCCUGCUGCAGCGACGGCAACAUCGUGGUCUGGGACCUUCACAACCAGACCUUGGUCAGGCAAUUCCAGGGCCAUACGGACGGGGCCAGCUGCAUCGACAUCUCCAACGACGGCACCAAGCUGUGGACAGGAGGGCUGGACAACACGGUUCGCUGCUGGGACCUGAGGGAGGGGCGGCAGCUGCAGCAGCAUGACUUCACCUCCCAGAUCUUCUCUCUGGGGUACUGUCCCACAGGAGAGUGGCUUGCAGUGGGAAUGGAGAGCAGCAAUGUGGAAGUGCUGCACGUCUCCAAACCUGACAAGUACCAGCUGCACCUCCAUGAGAGCUGUGUGCUCUCACUCAAGUUCGCUUACUGCGGGAAAUGGUUUGUGAGCACAGGGAAAGAUAACCUACUGAAUGCGUGGAGGACACCUUAUGGAUCCAGCAUAUUCCAGUCAAAGGAGUCAUCUUCAGUGCUCAGCUGUGACAUCUCCCCCGAUGACCAAUUCAUUGUCACAGGCUCAGGUGACAAGAAGGCCACUGUGUAUGAAGUCAUCUAUUGAGAGUGACAUGGGCGGGGCUCCCGCAGUGAGUCAGUGACUGGAGUGGGUGUGGCGUGGAGGCAGAGACAGAACGACACCUGGGUUUUGUUGUUUUCGUUACUUUUGUAAAGGAUGGAG